AUGUCGAUAUCAGCGUCGACAUACCUUCUGCUAGGAUCGCUACCUUUAUUAGCGCUGUCGGAAUGGAGGUCCAAAUCACAUACCGGUACAGCCGUGUUCAAAAUGCUUUGCUCAGUUGCUUUCCUUAGCAGCCCACUACUCCUACCAUUCACGGACUGGUCAGAUUAUCACCGUCUGAUCACUGUCGGCCUGAGCUUUUCCUUACUAGGCGACUUUUUCCUGAUCCCUUCACGGCCUGAAUUCUAUGACUUGAAAAAGGAGGGAUUGACUUCAGGCGGGCCAAUUGGAGAAAGAAAAAUAUCGGUAUCUUUUCAAAUUGGCAUUGUCGCCUUCGCAGCGGCUCAUGUAGCCUAUACCUUGGCGUUCCUACGUGACUCCCUCGAGACUUCCUGGAUAGUCUUUGCCGCCACCUUUCUGGGCACACUGGGGGCCGCUAGGUGGCUGGGGGUGAUCUAUCCUCAACCGAGCUCUUCACUCCGAAGCAAUGCAUUGGGCCUCGAUAUAACUCCUGACAUGAAAGCGCUGGUGUCCUUGUAUGCUAUUAUCAUUGGGACGAUGUUUGCAGCCGCAACUUCUACGACCCCGUUAGUUGCAGCAGAUUGGUCCAACUCGCGAGCUCUGGGAGCUGCCAUGUUUGUCCUGAGCGAUCUGUUUGUGGCAAAAAAUGCGUUUGGAAAGUCCUCCGCUUCAAAUGGCCGAGGCUUGAUUGAGAUCUUAACAGGUUAUGGGCUUUACUUCUGGGCCCAGAUGGUUAUCGCCAACACAGUGGGUGUAUAA